AUGAUGGCAAACGUAACAAUGGAUGUGAUAUCUCAGAGCGCUUUUGGCACUAAAUUAGAGCUUUACGGACAAAAAAAGUGUGAUUUCCUCACUUAUGCCCAGAAGAUUGUGGAGCCAUCGCUCAGGGAUUGGCUUAUGUUUCUCAUGGCCUCACAGAUUCACAACUUUGCCAAAUGGACGGGACUGUCGGUUAUGGAUCCCGGGGCCUGCACUUACUUUAAGGCAGCUAUCAAAACAAUUAUAUCGCAACGAAAAUCAGAUAUUUCCGGACAUAAAGACUAUUUACAACUUAUAUUAAACGCACAAAACAAGACUUUAGACAUGAGUGAUGAACAGGAUAUCGAUGGCGAUAAAAGUGAACAAAUUUUUGAUCACACGAAUGGUUUCAAGAAUUCAAAGACAAAUAAACCAAAAAUUGAUAUCUCAGACGACGACGUGUUGGGCACGUCUUUCAUAUUCCUAUUGGCCGGUUAUGUGACCACGAGUUCCCUCCUAUCGUUCCUCUUCUAUAGAUUAGCUUUGGAUGAAGAAUGUCAGCAAAAGCUAUACGAAGAGGUGAGCGAAUUCAAUGGUCACUAUAACUAUGAAAACGUGGUUAAAAUGCCAUACUUGGAGGCAUGUAUUGCUGAAACACUUAGACUCCAUACUCUUUUGGCUUUUAAUGAAAGAGUUGCCGCUGAAGACUACACGUUAGGUGAUUCAGGCAUAACUGUUCCUAAGGGCACAAAUGUGGCCAUAAAUGUUGACGCUAUACACCAUAUGGGCCUUAUAAUAGCCUUAGCCUGGGGCUUUAACACACCCUUACUCGUUUGCGUUAAUGGAGGCCAAGACAGCGGCCGCGAGUUUGGUCCAUAA